UGAGCUGGACGUGGGUCUGGCUCAGCCUCUGUGAGGGAGUUCGUUGUCAUCUCUGUUUCACUGGCAGGGUGUGCAGGCGGUUGUUCACAAACGUAGUUUCCUUACGGGAAUUUCCUCCUUCCAGGGAACGUGCCAUCGCAGCACAAAGUCCUCUGUGUCCUGCCUUCAGAGUCUCCAGAGUCAUUGCUGUGUGAGGUCUGCUACUUCACGAUUUGGAUCCGCGGACCUCUUGGGAAGUCUGCAUGGCCAUCCCUCCCCGAGCGUGGACCCUGGGCCCUGGAAGGGAAGCUGCCUGGCCAGGACAAAGCCCACGUGGCACUUACUUGAUCUUGCUGAAGACGAUGUCUGCAUCGGUGACAAUCACGUUCUUCCCGUCAAUCACCUGGCAGUCCUUGCACAGCUUUGACCAGUUCUUGCCGUGCAUCUUCUUCCCCGUGGCCCGAGUGUCCCCGUGUACUGCAAAGCACCAGAAGGCCUCCUGCAGGGCACUGAGCGCGGUGGGGGGGGGUGUGGCACCUGCCCCCUCACUGGCACCUUUGGACUCCAGUGACAGCCGCUUGGCUGCCUUGUCCUUGGCAGGGUCCCCCGGGGACUUAGGGGGUGUCCUGUUGGCCGCUUUGGCGGGUUUGGCCUUGCUGUCGGCCAUGUGGCUGUGGGAGGAAGGAGAGCAGAAAGGCGUCAUUCUGCUUCUCACAGGGCCCCAGCAUCGCGGGCUGGCCCGGGGACAGGACAGGACACGCACUGCACGUGCCAUGGCAGGCUCAGGAUACGCCCAGAGUCCAGAGAUGGGCAGGCCCUCCUCGGAGACAGCAGGGCCAAGAGAGGCUGGGAGGCACUGCUGCCCUCCUGGCACCCGGACCCUGCCCGCUGCCAACCUGGUGGGUCAAGGACCCCACCCCCCCAAUCAGUUAAAACCAUCAGCAAGAGCAGAGCCCAGGUGGGAGCCAAGCUGGGCACCCUGGGGGGCUCCAGGCCAGGGAGGCUCAGGGUCUGACCUGGCACAGCAGACCCUGCCUGAGCCCCCAGCCACAGCUGCACGGCUCCCUCCCUGGGCCACUCCCCCCUGCAGCUCUGGGGCCGCCAUCCCUGGGAAGGGCUCAGAGCAGCCUCAGUGCUGAGCCUUCUGGCCACAGGAUUGAGUCUUGCCCAGGGGAGGGUGAGCGGUGACCCUCAGGAUGUCCAAGGAGGACCUGCCCCAAAGCCCAGAGCCCAACCAGCGUGCAAUGGCCCCUCAGGGCCAGGGAGGUUGUGGGGGCUCCAGGUGGGGAGCGCAGCCAUGCUCGUGGACUUUCAAGAUGCCCGGCCCCAGGGCAGGAGGCCAGGCCCCCUGAGGUGGAGGCUGAGGAGGUGCAGGGCCACCCCAGGCAGGGCUCUGGGGCACAGGGCCACGCCAGGCACUCUGGGUCCUCAGCCAUGGCUUGUGCGCCUGCCACAAACACUGACACGGGGCCAGGUGGGACAGGCAGUGGGUUGCUGAGGCCACUUCCCCCCCAGCGCCAGCUCUGUGCCAGGGCGGGACCCCAGGGAGUGACCCAGCCUGCGGGUCACCUAGAGGGGUUACAGCUGCCUGCCUGGGGAGCCAAAGCCCAGAGGCCCAGCGGCAGCAGAGACCCUCAGAAUCCAGACAGACACAGCCCUGGCUGGAGGGUCAGUGCCAAGAGCAGCAUGCUGAUGUCAUGACUCUGAAGUUCACGAAUCCCCUUCAAAUCUGGGGCUCUCAAUUCCAGUUAUGGCCAAGGUAUGGCGGGUGGUUCCUGAGUGUGGCUCCAGCUGAACUCAAGAUCCUACAAAUGUCCCAAAACAGCCAGAAAAACCCAGACGAAGCUCACCGGGCUGAGGCUCUCGGGAACCACACAGAAAGCGCAGCUGCCCCAAGGAGGCUGUUCCUGGCGGCACCAGGACCCCACAGAGGGCUCAGGGCUGGGGCAGGAGCGGGGAGGCCGGAGGGAAGAGCAGAAAGUUAAAUCAGAGCCUCAAGGGCAUCGGCCUGAAAUGUGAAGCCCGAGGCCCCCCUGGUCCAGGAGGGGUGAGGAAAGGCCACGGGGUGUUGCCGACACCAUUUCUUUGUCUGAAAUAGGAGCUUCCCACAGGGCCGGCCGUGGGUUUGCCACGGGCAUCUCUGCAGCACGCAGACACCUAAGAAGGAAAAGCUGUUAAGAAAUUACUGGAAGCCGUAGUGGGUUCAGUGAGAACACGUGAACUUCUUGUGGGUGUGUUACACUUGGUCAAAGAGAAAGAAACCUUUUAUGAUGCUUCAGACUUGGUGCGAGUUCUAUGGUCUAAGAAACACCCUAUCAGGAGAAAAUGGGCUGGAAGAAAAUGUCCGUGAGGGAUUCGAGAUGCGCCGU